CGCCCUGCCCCGCUCGCCAACCGCCGCCAUUUGAACCAUGGCGGCGGCGGCGCUGCCCGAGGCGUGGCGGCUCUACCUCGUCCCCACCCGCGUCGCCACCUUCCGCAACUGGCCCUUCACCGAGGGCUGCGCCUGCACGCCCGACAGGAUGGCGGCGGCGGGCUUCGUGCACUGCCCCAGCGAGAACGGCCCCGACGUGGCGCAGUGCUUCUUCUGCCUCAAGGAGCUGGAGGGCUGGGAGCCCGACGACGACCCGCUGGAGGAGCACAAGAAGCACUCUGCGGGCUGCGCUUUUGUCGCCCUUCAGAAGGAUCCAGCUAGCCUGACGCUGCAGGAGUUCCUGAAGCUGGACAAAGAGCGGAUGAAGAAUGCAAUCAAAAAAAAAAUUUCUCAGAAGGUGACCGAGGUUGAAGACACAGCCAAGUCUGUGCGUCGUGAAAUAGAGAACCUGGCCUCCUAGGCUGCACAAGCCUCUGUCGUCUGUCUUGUGUAUGUACUGUGACACUGCCACAUUCGCUGAACGACUGUUUCCUGGGACCACUUUCAUAACGGCCACAUCUGUGAGAAGCUUAACAACUCUGGAUUCUCCUUCUCUCACUUGAGUCUGUCCAGGAAGUACCUGGGAUUUGAUGCACUGCAUAGAUAAUAUUCUUCUGCAGGGAUUCCCCUAUUCUUCCAGUUGGUUUAAUUUAGGAGUGUUUAAAAACUCGUGUUUUUACUUGUUCUUAUUUUCUUUUGUAAACCUAGUUGUUCCUAGUUUGGAGGGUACUGGUAGCCUUGCUGCAAAAACUUGUGUUUAUUGCAAGAGCUCGCAGACACUUCCAUUUCUUUUACUGAAUAUACCAAUGCUUAUGGAUAACUUUUAAAAUAAAAAGGGGAAGGACUUUAAAAAAGAAACUCCUUCAGGGAUUUAGGAUUGCAUUGGCUAGUAAUGUUUAGUAAUACCAAAUCUUAGUGUGCUUAGUAUCCUUAUAAGCUUCUGUUUUUAGCUGUCUGCUGCCUCAUGGUGAUGCGUUUAUAAUUAAAAGUGGAAGGCAAAACAGCAAAGUAAUUUCACUUAAUUCUUUGGAGGAAAAAAAUCUGACCUUUAAUGCAAUGAGCUACACUGAAUGCAGUUUUAACUUCAAAAUGGAAAAUAACGCCAUCAAAGUACAGCUUGUAGUGUUAUUGCUCAAAUGUCAAACUGUCAGUAUUCACCAUGUCGCCUUAAACUGCUUUAAUGCCUUGGAAGAUAAGGUUGAUCCUUCUCCUUGUGCAAGCUUGGAAAGGAAAAGAAACCUCACUGAACAGAGUACAGGUAGUGAAGAAUUGUGCUCUGAACCGCUGGGAAAGAGUGGGAGAAUGUUGUACAAAGCAAGCAGCUGUUACAGGGUUGAUCGCAUGGUUCAGCGAAGUCUGCACGCAGAACUGGACAUGUGAGUUAAAGCUCUCCCAAACUCAAAGAACAUCAAGCUCCAUUUUGGAGAAAAGGCAGUCAUGAUCAAACACUGAUGAGACCAAUGUUCCUGGGUUUCGUAAGUUUGUCCAACAUUCCCUCUCCAAGCUUACUUGCAAACAAUGAAAUCACUUCAUUAUUUCCAUCUGUAACAGCCAAAUCAUAUGCUGAUUCCCCUUCUGUAUUCUUCUUUUUUAUGCUUGCAUUACAGCUGUAAAUAAAGAACAGAUUGUUUUAAGCUA